AUGCGAAAAACAAUAAUUACAAGGGCAAUAGUAGAAAAGAACAGUAGCAAUAAGAACGAGGACGACGACGACCACAAAUACAGCGAUUACAACAACGACGAUCACAAAACGACGAUCACAACAACAACGAUCACAACAACGAUAAUCACAACAACGACGAUCACAACAACGAUCACAACAACAACAAUGAUCACAACAACAACGAUGAUCAUAACAACAACGAUCACAACAACAACGAUCACAACAACGACGAUCACAACAACGACGAUCACAACAACGAUGAUCACAACAACGACGAUCACAACAACGAUCACAACAACAACGAUGAUCAUAACAACGAUGAUCACAACAACAACGAUGAUCAUAACAACAACGAUCACAACAACAACGAUCACAACAACGACGAUCACAACAACGACGAUCACAACAACGACGAUCACAACAACGACGAUCACAACAACGACGAUCACAACAACGACGAUCACAACAACGACGAUCACAACAACGACGAUCACAACAAGGAUGAUCACAAUAACGAUUAUCACAACAACAAUUAUCACAACAACAACGAUGAUCACAACAGCAACGAUCACAACAAGGAUCACAACAACGACGAUCACAACAACAACAAUCACAAAACAACGAUCACAACAGCGAUCACAACAACAAUAAUCAUAACAACGACGAACACAACAGCAACGAUCACAACAACGAUGACCGCAACAACAACGAUUACAACAAUGACGAUCACAGCAACAACAAUCACAACAACGAUCAUAACAACGACGAUUAAAACAACGAUGACAACAACAACGAUCACAACAACGAUGAUCACAACAACGACGAUUAUCACAACAACAACGAUCACAACGACAACGAUCACAACAACGGUAAAAAAACAAUCACAAAGACAACGAUUUUAUCAACGACGAUUGAAACAACGAUGA